AUGGAGCUCCACGUUCCCAACACAGGAGGAGCAAAUAGUAUAGCGAGUGUUCUCGCUAUUUGCACUCUUCAUAGCCUGGCCUCUGUGCUUGAAAUAACUUUGGUCAUUCCAUUGCCUCCGACUGCUAGCUGGUCAAAGGCAUCUGACCUUCUUUUCAAUUUGGUGUGGUUUUGCUGUUAUGCAACUGCACGCUGGGGAAGUGUCAUUCUGAUGUUUAUAUCCCUCCGGGCAUUGCCUGCUGCUUCUUAUAUCACCGUGAAUUGGUUAUCAUCGAUUCCCCACAUUUGA